AUAAAAUUUUAAAUGCGAAAGGCGAAAGCAAUAUUGCUAAAUAAAUUGAUGUAAUUUUAUCAACACUAGGUAUAUAACUUACGGAGUCAGGAUAAACUAAAACAGUUGUACAUUAUUAUAAUGUAUUGAAUGUUACAGCAAGAUUCAGUCAGAACAAUAACAAACAACAGAUAGCUGUCAUAGUAAAUAUUUUACAGCAUCUCUAUUUUUGUUUUGAGCAUGAUGUGGACUUGGGGCGCUAACUCCCAUGGCCAGUUGGGACUUGGAUAUGUUAGUGAACAAGUGGAUAAACCAACAAAAAUCACUUCAACACUUUGGAAUGGUGUGAGCAAAAUUAGUUGUGGUGGCGGGCAUUCACUUCUUAUUGAUAAUGAGGGAAAACUUUUCUCGUGUGGAUGGAAUUCAAAGAAGCAAACUGGUCAUCCAGAAGAAAAAUAUAAAUUCGAAAGAACAUGGUGUUUAAGUGGUAUCAAAUUCACCAAUGUUGCAUGCGGGUGGGAUUUUAGUUGUGGCAUUACUGAUGAUAAUUUUAUGUUUGUAUGGGGAUCUAACAGCCAUGGACAACUAGGACUGCCAAAAGAACACUUUCAGGAAUCACUUAAACCAAUAAAAUUGCAAGUCAAAGCAUGUGAUGUUUCUAUGGGUUUGCGGCACUCUGCUUUAUUAAGCUGUAAAGGGGAUGUAUGGACCACUGGAUGUGGAAAACAUGGACAGCUCGGUUUAGGUAAUAAUGUGUUAGAGUCAGACAGAUUUCAAAAAAUUUCUAGCUUGUGCAAUAUAACUCAUAUUGCAUGUGGACAAAAUCAUACAGUGGCCUGGCGAAGUAGUGACAGAUCACUCUUUGUGUGGGGUGAUAAUAAACAUGGACAACUGCUUUUAAGUUCUGAUAAAUAUAGGAAAAUUUUCAAACCUGAGAAAAUUGACAUUGAUGCAAAGAGUAAUGUAAAGAAACUUUUAAGUGGCUGGACAAAUGUUUUACUGUGGUUAGCAGAUGGUUCCCUACUGACAUGGGGUAGAAACAAUUAUGGACAACUAGGUACAGAUACACCAUUUAUAGGAACUUUAAUUAAUAUCAAAUUACCAGAUAGAAGACAAGCCAAAGAUGUGGUAUUAGGAUCUGAGCACACUGUAUGCUUAGCAAACGAUAACACUUUGUGGGCUUGGGGUUGGAAUGAACAUGCUAAUACAGGAGUGGAUUCAGCUGACUGUGUCUUUCAACCUACACUAGUACCAUUAGAAAAUUUAACAAAUAUUAGGGCUAUUUAUUCUGGCGCUGCUCACAAUUUCCUAGUUGUUAAUGAAAAUGAAGUAAAAUGUGAAUAAACACCUGUUGUCUGCAAAUUUAUUGUAAAUUAUUUUUCGGGAUAAAAUCUCAAGACAAAGUUUAAAGUUCUUACAAAAUAACAUCCAAUAAUUAAGUUAUUAUUUACAUAUUUUACAUAC